CGCUCGUCCCAGUGUCCCCGGAGCGCGAGCGCAGCUGUGUUGCCGCCGUUGCAUUGUCCCCCGUAACUCUCAAACGCUUCCAAGCCCCGCUUAAUAGUCUUGCUUUUGCAGGUGCGGCUCUUGCCACAGGCAGACAAGAUGGCUGUUGUCAAGAUUUUCGCUCGUGAGAUCUUUGACUCGCGUGGGAACCCCACUGUGGAAGUAGACCUGCAUACCAAGAAAGGUCUCUUCAGAGCUGCCGUUCCGAGUGGAGCUUCUACUGGGAUCUAUGAAGCCCUGGAACUUCGUGACAAUGACAAGACGCGUUUCCUGGGAAAAGGUGUAUCAAAGGCUGUUGAGCACAUCAAUAAAACAAUUGCACCUGCUCUGGUUAACAAGAACGUAAGUGUCCUGGAGCAAGAGAAGAUAGACAAGUUGAUGCUGGAGAUGGAUGGGUCAGAGAACAAAUCCAAGUUUGGUGCAAACGCCAUCCUGGGCGUCUCCUUAGCUGUUUGCAAGGCCGGUGCUGCUGAAAAGGGGGUCCCCCUCUAUCGCCACAUUGCCGACCUCGCUGGCAACCAGGACGUCAUCCUGCCGGUCCCCGCUUUCAACGUGAUCAACGGCGGGUCUCACGCCGGCAACAAGCUGGCCAUGCAGGAGUUCAUGAUCCUCCCCGUUGGUGCCGAGAGCUUCAAGGAAGCGAUGCGCAUCGGUGCCGAAGUGUACCACAACCUGAAGAACGUAAUCAAGGAGAAAUACGGGAAGGAUGCCACCAACGUGGGAGACGAGGGCGGCUUUGCUCCCAACAUCUUGGAGAACAAAGAAGCCCUGGAGCUGCUCAAGACAGCUAUCAGCAAGGCCGGGUAUUCGGACAAGAUUGUCAUCGGAAUGGAUGUGGCAGCUUCUGAGUUCUAUCGUGAUGGAAAAUACGACCUGGAUUUCAAGUCCCCCGAUGACCCCAGCAGGUACAUCUCACCGGACCAGCUGUCUGACCUCUACAAGGAGUUCAUCAAGAACUACCCAGUGGUUUCCAUUGAGGAUCCGUUUGACCAAGAUGACUGGGCUGCUUGGAAGAAGUUUACUGCCACCGCAGGAAUCCAGGUGGUGGGUGACGACCUGACGGUGACCAACCCCAAGCGGAUUGCCAAAGCUGUUGAAGAGAAGGCCUGCAACUGUCUGCUGCUCAAAGUGAACCAGAUCGGCUCGGUCACGGAGUCCCUCCAGGCCUGCAAGUUGGCCCAGUCCAACGGUUGGGGUGUGAUGGUGAGCCAUCGCUCUGGGGAGACCGAAGACACCUUCAUUGCGGACCUGGUGGUUGGGCUGAACACUGGACAGAUCAAGACAGGUGCUCCCUGCCGAUCUGAACGUCUAGCCAAAUAUAACCAGCUUCUGAGGAUUGAAGAGGAGCUGGGAAGCAAGGCCCGCUUUGCUGGCCGGAACUUCAGGAACCCUCGUGUCAAAUAAAGCAUUUUGGCUUCUCCCCCCUGCCCCCCCCGGUUGCAGUUGGAAGCACUAGUCACCUAAUUAGAGAAAAAUAAAACCCCGCAGUGCUUAUGUACUACAAAACAAAAGGGCAGCUGAUGGAACCCACUGGGUUUUGCAGGUCUCUCUUCCUAGGCUGCUACGAGUCCCUUGUCUAACCCUAACCCCUCCGUUUCUCCUUCUCUCCUACCUAUAUCCCUGACUCCCAAUUUGUUGCUUUCCAAAGGGCUUGUCUUCUCCCAUUUGGGAACAGUGCCUUCCCUUCUCCACCAAACCUUGGUGAGUGCUUUAAAAAGGAGGACAAACAUCCUGGCGUUCAGCUGUAACACUACGGCCACUUGGUGGUGGGGGGGGGGGGCAUUCCUAACUGAGGAAAGCGAGUUUCUACUCCUCCUCCUCUCUUCUCUUCCCCCUACCGUUUCCCUACAUAGUGUGCGGAGGCUGUGUAACUUGCGGUGUGGCCUGAGGUACCUGCAAACAGAAAAAAUAGUAGUUCUCACAUGAGGUCAAUAAAAACCAGAGAAACA